GGCGACCACUAUUAUAGCCAUUAUGACUGUACAGUAGUGUUAACACAUGGUCUCAAUGUUUAUGUUAUUUUUAAUACAAUUUUUUGAUUUUGUCACUGAAUUGUGUCUCAAAAAAAAGAUAUUUAAAUAAUAUUAUAAUCAAAUUAAAUGAUAAUCUGAUUUGUUUUGUUUGAUCACAUUAUGGAUGAUAAUAGUAGUCGCGAUGUCAUUGAUAAUGAUAAACAAACAGAUGUUCCGAUGAAUGGACAAGAAUUGACCGAAGAUGACAUGAAUAAUACAAAUUCAAAUGACAAUCAAAUGAGUGAUAACUUAAUUGAUGGUAUGAUUGACGGCGACAAUAGUGAGACAAUUGAUGUGAAGAUUACAAAUGAUGACAAAGUGGUAAAAGUUUGCGACAUUAAGAACAACAAACGGGGAAUCGUUUACAUGAGUUAUAUACCGCCGGGUCUUAAUGUUAACCGAUUGCGGCAAAUGAUGUCCGAAUACGGAGAAGUCGAAAGGAUUUUCUUGCAAAAGGAGAAACCGAUGAACGAAUCGGACAAGAAAUCGCUGAAGAAGAAGAAUAAGAAAAAAGACAAUCCAUAUAACUGUCGGUUUGUCGAGGGAUGGAUUGAGUUCAAGAAGAAAAGUGUGGCCAAACUGGUGGCACAGAUAUUAAAUGGUAAACAGAUUGGUGGCAAACGGAGGACACUAUUUUAUGAUCAGAUCUGGAGUUUGAAAUACUUGCAUAAAUUCAAAUGGAGUCAUUUGGCGGAACAACUUUCCUAUGAGAAGGCAUUAAGACAACAAAAGUUAAGAUUUGAGAUCACGAGGGCUAAGAAAGAGACCGACUUUUAUGAGAGAAUGACACAAAAGUUUAAAUACAAUUCAAGACAUAAGAAGUCUAACGACGACAAYAAUGCUGACGACAAGACUAGCGAUAAUCGAAAAUAUAAGCAAYGGAUAACUGAUGAAGUGAUCCGAAAGAAUAAGACUAUUGAUAGUGAAGUCGAUUUCGAGUUAUUGAAUAAAAUAUUCGGUUAAAGUAUUUCAUAUUUAACAUAAUAUUCUGUAUAUAA